UUAAUGUUCUGCAUUUGUUUUCAGAUUGUGUUGCAAUCCCGCGACUACAAUGCCCUGUCGAUGUCCGUAAUGGCGUUCGUAACAAUGAUUUACCCUCUGGAGUACAUGUUCCCUGCAAUACCGUUGUUACCCACGUGCAUGAGCUUCGCGGAACAGUUGUUGCUUGCACCGACACCAUUUGUUAUCGGAAUACCCGCAACUUUUUUAUUGUACAAAACGAACUUUAAAAUGCCCGAUGACAUAUGGCUAGUGGAUCUAGACAGCAAUAAGAUAAACGCACCCACUGGCCUGGGCGACCAGUUGCCACCGUUGCCCGAGCCAGAAGGCAGCAUACUAAAGAACCACUUGAGACAGGCGAUGCAACUGAUGGACCAAGCUGGCUCUGGUGCAAUGGCUAGCAUGACUCCGCAAUUCCUGCCGCAAGACAAUCCACCGCGAAUGACGCUUCAGACUCCCAGCAGGAGGGAGAGCAUGUCUUCUCAUCUCGCCAAUUUGAACGUUUCCUCGAUGAAACACAGACCCAGCGUCGACCACCACGGGCAUCCUCAAGGCAGUCCACUGGGUUCUCCUGGCGCAAGCAUAAUGUCAGGACAAGGUCGUCGAGCCUCCCUUUCGCAAUCGGGGGGUUCCUCGUCUCCCCAGAAACCUCCAUCGCAGUCCAUCCCUCCGUUCAACCCUUUCAUCUACGCGAACGACGUGGACUCCGUGGACAUCGCCACCAGGGUAGCGAUGGUGCGGUUCUUCAACUCUCAGAACCUCCUGGCGAACUUCACCGAGCACACGAGAACCCUGAGGCUGUACCCCAGACCCGUGGUCGCCUUCCAGAUCAAUUCGUUCCUUCGUUCGAGGCCACGCGCCAGCCAUUUCCUGAACAAAUUCGCGCGAACACAGGCGGUGGAGUUCUUAGCGGAGUGGUCUCUCACGCCCAGCAACGUGGCGUUCCUCAGGGUUCAAACCGGAGUGUUUGAUCCGACUCAGAUUGGCGACAAGCCCAAGUGGUACGCUUCCGGGCUGGAGCCUAUCUACUUUCCUGUCUGGGACUCCGGUAGCUCGCUGGCGAACGCCCUGAAGGCCAUGAAGGAACACGAGAGUCAGCCUACCGACGAAAGCGGAUCGGACUCUGAAGGCGCGGAGAGCACUAGUUCCUCUUACUCUUCUCUGAGCGACUUCGUCUCUGAGAUGGUCUCGUCAGACUUAUCGCCCAGUAAGUAACUUGUAAUUGUGUUC